AUGGACAGCCCGCAGAGUCUGUCCAGCGAAGCUCGAGCGAGAGCGACUUUGGACUCGGGCCCCACCAUUCUCGAGCUCCUAGGCCAGGCAAAGCAGCUUUUGACACUCAAGCCCCGUGUGGAAAACCGCCGGUGGCGCAAAGAAGGAUCUCUGUUGCAAGCAACCUCGUCCAACAACGGAGAAAUGCCGGAAAGAAGAGGGUCCAUAUCGUCUUCAGGAUCGGUCAACGUGAACCUGAGGGUGUUGGACCUCUUGCUGCCACUAUCGGUGGAUGAUUUGAAAAGUACGUCGAAUGGGAAAAAUGCUUGCAAUGGGAAAGAGGGACAUCGCAGGGCGGUGCCUCAGUCGGAAAUCACCCCGCUGUCGAUGGACUUCGGCUCUCCCAGCAACUACCAUGAGUCUGGGAGCGAGAGUGGGAAAAGAAGGCUCUCAACGAUGGGAAACCGCGAUGGUGAUGCGUUGACUUUCAGAGCGUCACUGGGGAUCAAAAAAGAGCCGUCAGAAGGCGUUUCAACCGUGCAAGUGUAUUCGUCCCAGAGCCCGCCCAGAGACAAGACCAUAGAAAGCAGUCUGGUAGAGAGUGUGGUAAAAAAGGAGGGCACAGCGCCUGUGUCGAAGCUAACGACGUCACUUAAGCAAGAAAAGGAAGUCAAACAAGCAGAAGGCAAAAAGGAUGCAAAGGAUGCAAAGGAUGCAAAGGAUGGUGAUGGUAAGGCCGGCGACAAGCCUACAGAGUGCAAAAAUUGCCAUACACAGAAAACACCGCUUUGGCGUAAAGACCCAGCGGGUAACACCUUGUGCAAUGCGUGCGGGCUCUUCUUGAAACUUCAUGGCACGAUGCGUCCCUUGUCAUUGAAAACCGAUGUCAUCAAGAAGAGAAACUCCCGGCGAACGCCUAACACCGCCCGAAACAUUUCCAACGCCACUUCUGUUGCAUCAUCGUUCCCUAAUAGGACGCUGUCGACUCUGGAUUUCUACAGAUACAGAAACGACGAGUCGGGAAUCCCCAUCAACAGAUCGCAGCUGUACAUCGCUCCGGCUGGCUCGUACGGUGCUGGAUCGUACGGAGGAGGUGAGAGGCCGAAGAAUGUGCUCAUUCUACCCAAGCCCUCUGCCAAUGGCUCGGCUCCUACUUCUACGGCUGGCUCCGUUCCUGGGUCGUACAUCAACUCUGUGGGUUCACUGUUGAAUCUACACGCAGCGUCGAACAUGAAUCCCUCGUCGCCCUACUCCUACACCUCACAGUUCAAAAGAAAAAAGUCGGACCUCAAUAUCCACGAGCUGAUGUCGGAAGGCUUCGACCGCCGGAUCUCUUCGCAACUUUCCAUGAACAAUUCAAUUACCAACAGUGCCGGUACGCCCGUCGUCAAGCGUGGGUUUCAUCCUUCGUCGCUUAAUAGAAGAACCUCGGUGACGAAUCUCAACAGAAAGGCGUCUUAUGUGGGCACGCCGAAUAAUGGGUUCUCCAUAACAUCCCCUCCGACGUUCACGCCAUCAACUACUACUGCGGCCACACCAUUCAGCGUCAAUAACUUCAGCAGCCACAGCGGGUCUGUUCCUUCUGCGGCAAACGCCGUUCGUCACAACUCGUCCACGCCGGUCAUGGGCUUUUCUUCGAACACCUACUUUGAGAAUCCUCUGGGCAACCAGACCCACAGCAACAGCGAUCUGCAUCUGCCUUCGUCAUACAAUACGACGCAUCUCCCAUCGAGGCAGUCAUUUGUAGUGCCCCUGGAUGUGACGCCGUUCACUGCCAUUCAGUCAGACAACCACAACGCUCUAGACUCGCCCGAAAAAACUGGCGACACCAUGGCUGACGAGGACUUCUUCAGAACCUACACUUCUCUUCACAACGACGAGGAUGACAGGAUGAUGCCCCUAGACGACGAUAAUAUCGUGCCGAUGGACUCAGAUAUGGGUGAUGUGGGAAACAAAUACGAGAUCAAACAGGCCAGCACCCGUUCUACGCUUACACACGGCCUUAUGGAAGGAGAAAACAAUAAUAAUGGCGAAGUCCAGCCGUACGGCGAUUUGGACUGGCUAAAAUUUGACAUAUAG